UCAAUCCCACACACCAUGGGAGAAAAAGAAGAGAACAAGAACAAGAACAAGAAGCAAAAACUCAAACACCAAAAUCCCAAAGAUGAUCAAACCACCACUAAACCAGCAUCAGAUUUCUCCUUCAAGUCAAGCUCCGACGUAAAGGGUCUCCGAUUUGGCGGCCAAUUCAUAGUAAAGUCCUUCACUAUCCGCCGUGCAAGGCCGUUUGAGCUUCUACAACUCCUCUCAGUCACACCAAACAUCAAAGAAAACAACAACAAGAAGCUGCCUUUUCCUUCCACCACAGCUUUCCUGCCCACGAACUUCACCAUUCUAGCACACCAUGCUUGGCACACCCUCACACUAGGCCUAGGCACCAAGAAGUCCAAAGUAGUACUCUUUGUUUUUGAAAAUGAGGCCAUGAAAGCCGCCGUGGACCGUGUUUGGCCGCCGGAAAUUCCACUCGGGGAAGUGAACAAGAAGCUUAUCAGAGGGUUCAGUGGCUGUGAGAUGGCCAGGUUUAAGUUCAGGAAAGGGUGCAUUACUUUUUAUGUAUAUGCAGUUAGGCAAAUUGGGAAGUUGGGUUUUUCAAAUGCUGAUGAUCUUAGGACAAUUCUACAGUCUGUAGUGGCUCUUCAAGAUUUCUUGGAUCACACUGCUAUGCUUGCCAUGCCUAACCAGAGAAGCAUCAACUUUCAACAACCUCCUACAGCCAUGGCUCACUAGAAAGAAAGUUUUAAUCUUUGAUCACCUCGUUCAAUAUCAACAUCAUCAUCAUCUUCUGCUAGGCCUUUUAUUUGUUAAUUGGGUUGUUGACUUUUUUUUUUUUAAAUAUAUCUUGUCAUUAUAAUGGGGGAAUUGGUUUAUUUGUUGAAGAAUAUCUUGGUUUAAAUUGCAUAUCUCGGAAUCUAAAAAUGUGUACUUUUACUUAGUAUGAAUAAUUUUUUCGCAAUUCUAUCAGCGAGGAAUUGAGCUUCCCUAUAUGGCUAUGUUCAGCUCUCUGCUCAUUUCUGCAGAAAUGACACAUGCUGCUUCUG